AAAAAAGCAUGGAAAAAAACUACCAAAAAAAGAAAAAAGCCUUGAAACAAGGGUAACUCAGUCAUUCACUCAACAUCUUUAUAUUGCGUCCCUUCACUCAUUGUGUCUCCUCAGUUUGCUUCCAUUUCUUUUCUUUUCUUUCCAUUAACCAAACAAAAAUGAAGCUUCAGAGAUGGAUUCUAACAGUUCUUCUCAAUCUCGUCUUCAUUAAUGCAACAUUCAUCUGCAUUACCGAGUCGUCGACUCCGCCGCCUCCGUUCUCUUGUGAUUCAUCCAACUCAAACACCAAAUCCUUCAAAUUCUGCCAAACCAAUUUGUCAAUUUCGCAGAGAGCCCGCGACCUGGUGUCGCGCUUAACGCUGGACGAGAAAAUCUCCCAGCUCAUUACCACCGCACCCGCGAUUCCACGGCUCGGUAUUCCGGCCUACCAGUGGUGGUCGGAAGCCUUGCACGGUGUCGCCUACACCGGGGACGGCAUUACCUUCGAAGUCGGCGUCAUUGAUUCCGUCACCACCUUCCCUCAAGUCCUCCUCACUACUUCUUCCUUUGAUCGAAGACUUUGGUACCGUAUUGGUCAGGUGAUAGGAACAGAGGCGAGAGCAGUGUACAAUGGAGGGCAAGCGCAAGGGAUGACAUUUUGGGCACCAAACAUAAACAUAUUCAGGGAUCCAAGAUGGGGAAGAGGGCAAGAAACACCUGGAGAAGAUCCAUUGGUUGUAGGGAGAUAUUCAGUAGCGUAUGUUAGAGGAGUACAAGGAGAUAGUUUCCAUGGUGGGAAGCUCAAACAUGGACAACUUAAAGCUUCAGCUUGUUGCAAGCAUUUCACUGCCUAUGAUCUUGAUAAUUGGGAAGGAAAUGAUCGGUAUGGCUUCAAUGCCCGUGUGACAAAGCAAGAUUUGGCGGAUACAUAUCAACCACCAUUUAGAAGCUGCGUUCACGAAGGCCGAGCAAGUGGUAUAAUGUGCGCUUAUAAUCGGGUCAACGGUGUUCCGAACUGCGCCGACCGGGAACUCUUGACCGGAACCGCCCGUCAACAGUGGGGCUUUCAUGGGUACAUCACAUCGGAUUGUGCGGAUGGUGUGCGUAUCAUCAAGGAAAAUCAUAAAUAUGCAAGAACACCGGAAGAGGCUGUGGCUGAUGUGCUUAAAGCAGGCAUGGAUGUCAAUUGUGGAACCUAUUUGGCAAACUACACAAAAUCAACUCUUUCACAGAAAAUGAUUAAAGAAUCUGACAUUGACAGAGCCCUUCAUAACCUCUUCUCUGUUAGAAUGAGAUUAGGACUAUUCAAUGGAAAUCCCAAAAAAUUAGUGUAUGGAAACAUUGGUCCAAAGCAGGUCUGCACUAAGGAGCACCAGGACUUAGCCCUUGAUGCUGCAAGAAAUGGCAUUGUUUUGCUCAAGAACUCUGCCAGGCUUCUACCCCUUUCAAAGAAAACUUCAUCACUAGCUGUAAUAGGGCCUCAUGGGAACAAUUCACAUAUGAUGCUUGGAAACUAUCAUGGCCCUCCUUGCAUUACUGUUGAAGUUCUUAAAGCAUUGGAAACCUAUGUGAAAAAUACUGUGUUUCAUCAAGGUUGCAAUGCUGUCAAUUGUACCAAUGUCGCGAUCAACGAUGCUGUGAACACUGCAAAGGGAGCAGAUUAUGUUGUAUUAGCCGUGGGAUUGGAUAAGGGCGAAGAAAGAGAGGAUUUUGAUCGCGAAAUCUUAACGCUUCCAGGCCAACAAGAGAGACUGAUCACUGCUGUUGCUGAUGCUGCUAGGAACCCAGUGAUACUAGUCCUGUUUUGUGGAAGUCCAAUUGAUGUUUCCUUUGCAAAACAUAAUCCUAAAAUUGGCAGUAUUUUGUGGGCUGGUUAUCCUGGGCAAGCUGGAGGAAUUGCACUUGCAGAAAUCAUUUUUGGUGACCACAAUCCAGGAGGAAGAUUGCCAAUUACUUGGUAUCCCAAAGAUUUCAUCAAAAUACCAAUGACAAACAUGGGAAUGAGGCCUAAUCCAUCGUCAGGAUAUCCUGGCCGAACAUAUAGAUUUUAUAACGGCGAGAAAGUAUUCCCAUUCGGAUAUGGCCUGAGCUAUUCAACAUAUGCAUACAACUUUGUGCAUGUCUCUCAAAGUUCAAUCUACUUAACCAACUUGACAGACACUCCAUCAACUCAAAGCUCAGACGGGGUUCGGUAUCUUUCAGUCUCUGAUAUCAGCAAAAACUCAUGUGACAAUGUCAAGUUUUCUGUUGUUGUGGGAGUUAAAAAUUCUAAGGAAAUGGCAGGUAGGCAUCCAGUUCUACUAUAUAUCAGGCAGGAAAAACUCAGCUAUGGGAGUCCAAUAAAACAACUGAUUGGAUUCGAAAGCAUAAGCUUGGAAGCUGGAGGUAAAGCUGAAGUUGAAUUUAGACUGAAUCCUUGUGACCACCUUAGCACUGCUAAUGAAGAUGGUCUGAUGGUGAUAGAAGAAGGAUCUAGGUUUAUGGUCGUAGGGGACAAAGAGUACCCCAUUAAUGUUGUUAUAUGAACAACGUAGUACAACCAGUAGUACUCAUUUGUCACAAACAAGUGCAAAUUCCAAGUAUCAAAUGACAAUUGAAAAAUAGUCCACCCUAUGUUGUUCUACAUUGGUUUUACAUGAAGAUGCCACUGAUCAUUUUAGUGUACUUCUUUACCGGUUAUGAUUGUGUAAUUGCUCAACAAUAUAUAAAUGAUCAACUACUGAAUUGGAAU